AUGGCUAAACUCAUCUCUGUCAUCAGUUGGUUUUCUACUUUUUGGCUGAUCAGUUGGAUAAUCGCAUAUCCCCAUCAUCGCUUCGCAACAAACAUUACCUGUCUUUUUUAUUAUUUUCUGCAUCAUCAAUUCUGGCUUUUACCUGCGAUCCUGGAAUCUCCGGAGAAGAUUUCUUCCAGUAAGAGGUUUUGCCGUGGGUGGUUCCCGAUGGAGAGUAAACUGUACCCGUCUUCAUGCCCUUUAUACCUUAUGAUUGUCGUCGUCGUCAUCUCGAUCGGUCCACACUGCGUCAUCGCCGACUUCCAAUGCAUCCGAUCACAGUGUUUUAAUGGUGCACCUACCUUCGAAAAUGCCUUACGACUCAAGAUGGACACGGUUGAAUCUGCGCUUCGUCAGUGCUUCCCAUCGUUUAGCUUCACGCCAGGCGUAAGCGACGCUCAAAUCGCCGACGCCAUUGGUCACCUCAGGAAAUGCAACCGGCAUGCAGCAACCAACCUGUCUAGAUUGGUACAGUCAUAUCACACGGACUUAGUCUCUGGCUGGCAGAGUUGCUGCAACACCCAAUUUUUAGGGAGAAGACGGCGACGACGAAGCCAGGUUGUUGACGGCGACGCUGAAAUUAUUUUGCAGGAGGGUCGUGAAAAGAGGAGAGCGAGCCUUUUCAGACGGCUUGCAGACCUGGUGGCGAAUCAGUCACGAAGAUUGCUUGAUGAUUGAACAAUAUACGGAUGGACUAGAACGAUUAAACCUUGUCGUAUUGUGAUUGUGAAUAUUUUUUUGAAAAGAGAGGCUAUACCAUAGAUACACUAUAUACAUUUUGUGUUGAACUGUGAUUGUUUACAAAGUCAAUUUUCAGGUUUUUGUCGAUAUUUUUCCGUCAUUGGUUUCAACAUAAAACCUUGAUGCUAAUGUCAAUGAGAAAUAGUUCUACACGCUUUUCCUCGUGUCAGGCAGGCUGCCAUUUUGGUCACAAAAAGCCACGAUAUCCAUCACUGAGCAUCUUUGUAUAUUUUGUUUCCUUGAUAGUAAGACUUACCAUUGAGGCUUAAUGCAUUACAGGCAAAGGUUUCUGCUCAGCGUAGCUUAAUAAUGAUAUUAUGUCUAACUAAAAACAAGACAAUGCGUCAUUAUUGUGAUUUUGAUUACUGAUGGUUGGUUCAUAGAAGGGAUUUAACGUAUUGUUCAAGCCUCUCCCCUUCCCUACAAAAAGGGAAAUGAUGAUCAUGUGCAAUUCAGACUUGAUAACGAGUCAAAACUGUUCCAAAGUAUAAAGUCAGUGAAAACACUUUAGGAUAGAAAAUGACAAUUCUUCUCUCUAUUUCUCCACCCUGACACGUACGCUGCUCUUGCUCAUGAAAGGAUAUUCAAGAUAGUUUUCCAUACCAAUCACCAAAUCUCCUUGUUUUUCCCCCUUCAUUUUAAUGACUGAAUUAUGAUAUGUGAAAUAUAUAUAUAUACAGCAAUGAACAAUGAUAUUCCUAAUGGAUGGAUGUCAAAAUAUUCAAAUACAUCUUUGGUUCAUAUGAAAAUAGGUGAAACCUCCGUUUUAUAUCACAUGCUAAUAGGAAAUCGGUCACGAAUUGCCACCAAUAAAACCAGACAUGACAAAGGUGUGACAGAAACGAUUUGCAAACAAACCAAACUCGAAUUAGAAUCUGCACAGCUUAUCAAUGUCGCCGUCAUCCCAACGAGACCCACUCCACAUCAGCUAAUGCCAUAUACAAGUGAAAAUAAUGUAUUAGUUUUGUAAUUAGUAAUUAGUAUAAAUUCCGUUCAAUUAUGCGCAGAAGAUAUGGCUAAUUUCAAAACAUCUUUUAUCUCAUCCAUUCAGGCCUGCACCUAGUGUUAUGAAGGUUGAUUAUCUGUUGUGUCAAAUUCCAAAUAGUUUCACUCUUAAACAUGUUAAAUGCUGUACAAGCACAUCGACGAAAUCGACUCAAGAUUGACCAAUAGAAUCACGUUAUUUCCAUUGACGUCAUCUUGGUGUCCGUUUCGUUGGUGCGACUAUAACAUAAGUUAGAACAUAUCGUGUUGACAUUUUAGUAGUUAGGUCUACUGCAUCUUAGACAUCAUCACUGAUUAUAACCUUUGAUAAUAAACUGUGUCAACUUAUUAUUAAAAUAAAAUUUGAAUCUGUCAACUAUCGAUGCUUUAAAAAUAUUAGAUUUAACUCAACCUCCAUAACGCGACAUUUAUAUUAAGUUUUCUUGUGCAUGGCGUCUCACAGACUACUGACACUUUGUCUUUGCCAGCUGUCUUCGGAUAUCGAUUUCUUACACUAAAUAAGUCUCAUUCAAAAAUGAAAAAUCCAUUCAUAUUGUUCUCCAUUAUGAUUAUAUUAGCACACUAUUUCGUAGAAUAUUUAGACGCUUUUAUGCCCCAAGUUGUCUUGGAAAGCGUGAGAGUACAUAACGAUGUCGCAUGUACGUAAUGGGAUAUGCUAUAAACCAAGGCGUGUUAGGCAUCAAAAGCACACGAUUUGUGUCAAGCAAACUGACAAUCACAACAGAAUGUUGAUUCGGCUAUCUUGUCUUGCUUCAAUUACGGCGGAAAAAUGGAUUCAUUUUCAUCAGAUUUAAAUCGGGGAGGAAUAAAAUUGAUGAAUUUUCAUGUGCAUGCAUGCUCGUGAUAUUUUCGGUUUAGACAUUAUGAUAUUCUGACAUUUGAAUAAUUAUGUCUGUUUCUGAUGUCCCGCCACGCCCACCCCAAUCAUCUUCCCUGCUCAUUUGUUAUAGACAUUCGUGUAAUGUUCAUGGAAAUGAAUUCAUUGUAGUUUCUUUAAACGGUAGUGUUGUUAAUUCAAUAAAAAGGAUUACUAUAAUUAAAUAAAAAAAAGUGAUAUAUUAUAUAAAAUGUGCUAUGUAUAUAUCAGGGAUAUAAUGUAUAAAACAUGAAUAUUAAAGUUAAUAUUGAUAUUCCUGUGUAUUUUAUAUUCGUAUCCAUGUAGUUGAUGCUUCUACAGAGCGCCUAUCAGACUUUCGUCCUCAGUAGCAAAAAAUAAUGAUGGUGCUCAUCAGGGCUCCGUAACACAAAUAUUUUGAGACGGAUUCCAAAUAUGGAACAAUACCUCUGAUUGGUUCCUGGUCAGUGUUUUGAACAAAAUCGCAUGUC